AUGGAAGAGUGUGAGAAUCGACCCAAGGCUGAGAAGUAUUUUCCACAAGGAAAUGCCACUCUUAUAGGUGCACAAGCAAAAAUGCAAUUUUUAAGGGAAAAUGCAGGAAUUGCCGUUGGAAUUCCUUUGAGACAUCAAAUAUACACAACUUUGCAGUCAGCUGAUCAGGGUGGCCUCACCGUUCAAGAAGUAUCUAUUUUCCCCCAUGGUUAGCGAGCAAAACAAUUAGAAAAACUCUAUUUGUAGAAAACCCCUUCGUUAAGGAGUAAAAAAUUUUUAAUAUAAAAUUUUAAAAAAAUCUUGGCUAAUGAGCAAAAAUUUUGCUUGCUAACCACUAACUAACUAAAUUAAAUUAUGGCCAUAAGACCUUCAAGUCUGGCUUUUCCUCACAAUUCUUCAAGUUCGUCAAUGUCACACUGCUGCAUCUCCUCAUGUAUUUCAGUCAUGAAAUUUGCUAACCAAGAGAAGUAAGAAACUCUGCCUUAACACAAAAACCUGCGCAAAAGUGCUUGACGAAAUGGUUAGCAAGCACGAAGACAUAAAGGCGACAGCCCACCGAUACGGAAGAGUCUUUGUCCACAAAUAUCAUAUCUACCACAAGGAAGAACAGACACAAGAAGCUCUUAAUCCCUCAAUUUAAUAAAGAAAACACUUUUGAUAAAUUUAAAUUAUUUUUCCAUCCUAUCUUUAAAAUUUUUUUAUAUAUAACUAUAGGGGCAAAAAAGUUUUUAAUAUAUUAGCACUAAAAGAUACUGUGGAGCACUGCAACCACAAAUAAAAUAAGUUAUACAUUAUGAUCAUGUUUAAAAAAUUCGCAACCUUUUGUUGCGAUUAAUUGGAAGAGGUAGAGAAGACGAGGAAUACAUUACCCAGGUUAACCCAGAAAUCCUUGAAGAAAUCAAAAAAGCUGAAGUUGAGCACGGCAAAGCUAUCCUUGAUGCUAUUGAAGUCAAUUUGAAAGCAGAAAAGCGCCCCACAAAUCGUCAAAGAGUUACACAUCAAACUUUUAUAAGAGCAUUAUUCGUGGUUUCCCGUAUCCAGACGUUGAAAGUGAGUUCUAUUUACGAGAUGAAAGAAAUGAUAAAAACUGAGCUGGAGCCGAAUGCAAAAUGAUGCCUUGAUAAGAAAACAGUACUGAGAAUUGUAUGGAAACUUCAAAGUGUAGGAUUAAUUAGACAGAUGUGCUUUAAGAUUACACUUAAGAGGAACGAUGAAAAUGCUGUGGAGUAUUUAGGAGAUGAGUAUGAAAGUAUAGAAAGAAGCAAAAAAACAAUCAAGUUGAAUGGGACCACUGAUGCAAAAGGAAACACAGUCCUUUAUAAAGUUAUUAUUAGUCUGCCAGGGAUUCAUGAAAACGACCCUUUAGUAGUGGCAUAUCCUUUGUUGCAAAAUCCUACUAACAGAAAGCCUAUUGCAACUCCUGGCCACAAACUACCGUCACCGAUUCCGCUGCAUUCCAAAUACUUGAAGAAACUUUAUUUUGAAGAAAUAGCAAGCUUAAAAAAAUUGAAAGAAAAUGGGGAUAUUUCACUGGAAAAUUUAAAUGAGACAGUGAAUUAUUUGUAUAAAUAUAAUUUAAUCGCUCAUCUUUAAAUUGGAACAAAAAUCCUUUUCCUAUUUAAAGUAAGUUUAUUUUUUAAUCAAAAAUUACUUUAAUCGAGUCCAAUAUUUUUAUUUUUAUGUAAAAUUAAAAAAUAUUAAUCGAAUUAGUGUGAAGAUUAUUUAAAUAGUAUUCUAUUUGCACUUUGUCCAUUAAAUUAGUAUUUUCACCUAUAAAAUCCGAAUUGAAAGCAAAUUAUUCCAAUUAAAGGGUGUUAAAAAAAUAAAAUUGGAAAUUCUGCAAGGGAAGUUAGUGGACAUUGGGAAUGAAGGAGAAAAAGAAGGAGAAUUAGAAAAAAAAGAGGAAAUCAUAAAGACUGAAGAGACUGAUGCAGAGGAUGAAGAAAUUUCCCCUGAAGAGAGAAAAGCGGUGAAACUGUCAGUAUUUAUUAAAUGGGCAGAAUAUUUUCAUCAAAGAGUGACUAAACAUUACUAUGAGACUUUUUUCGAAACAACAAGAGUUUCGUCUGCUUAUUUUGCUCUUAAAAUGAUUUAUAAUGAAAAGAAAAAAGAUCCAGCUCCUCAUGAAAAUAAACUGAACUUAGCCUACACAAGCAUUAAUUUACCCUCUAUGAAUGUGGAAUAUUAUGAUAAGAUUCCUGAAAAUCUAUGGGUUAAAAAUGAAUGCACAAAAAAUCAUCAAAAAUCCCACCAAAAGCCUGAAUCUAAAGCAAAAAAUAAAGAAAAAGAAAUGAGAAUACAUGAAAGCAACCAAAAAUUUGAAGUUCAAUUAUCAGAAAUGCGACAAAAGAUUUCAGAGCUUGGCUUUCUUAAGCACUGCAGGCUACCCAAAAAGCGAAAAGGUGGAGUGCUUGAUGCAUGGUCAAGUAUGAAAUCUACCCCUCUCAAAGCCAAACAGCCUAGAUGUAAUAAUAAGAAAUAUACUUCGCUAUUAAAUGCGAUUAAUAUCAUGUUUACACAUAUAUUAAAUCCUUCAUUUCAUAUCCCUACUAAUACAGAAUUUUUAGAAGGUAAAAAUUUUAUACUAAUAAAUAAGUGAGUUAAUAGAAAAUACGCUGGAUUUAGCUUUAUUAUCGCAUUAAAAGUGUUGAUCAAAUCGAACUCUACUUUAAAAUUGAUAAAAACAAAUAAUUUUUUUCGAGCAUAAUUCUCUAUUACAGAUAAAUACACAAUCUAGCGCCAAUUUAGCUAAAUUAAUGUGUUUUAGCAGAUUUAAUCUAAAAUAGCUUAUUUAUGUAUAAGUCAUGAUAUAUCUCAUUUAAUUUAUAAUAAAGAUAUGAGCCAAGCACUAAAAUGCGAAAUAAAGUAUUUAAUAGAUCUGUAAAGAUGCUAAAAAUCGAGGAGCAAACACAUUGCAAUAUCUCUUAUAUUUAGUUUUAUCAAGAAGGGGUAUACAAAUUGCCCGGGAUGGCGCUAUUUUGCGCCAUCCUCGGGCAAUUUGUAUAGCUUGAUUAUGAGGGGAGUUGGGGAGGUUUGCUUAAUGCUGAUCAGAUGCAGCAGCCACUAUUAAGAAAGUUUUCCUAACAUUGGAAAAUAAGCCUUUAAUCUUUGCAACAGAACAAAUUAGUGCCCUGACAAAAAGACUUGAUGUGGAGCCUCCUUGCUUCAUUAGUUUUCUAGAGAUACUUGGAGCUAUCAGUGAAAACUUUGGCAGAUAUAAAGUUAACCCUCCGUGAGCUUGAGGCAUUCUUUAUAGAUUUACCAUAAUAAAAAUAUUAAUUUCACUAUCAGAAAUAUUAUAA